AUGUGCUCCUGGACCAUAUUGUCAGUUGCCCUGAAGCUGCUCUGCUCCAGUACCCUCUGUUCCCUGGGCUGUGACCUGACUCAGAGCCUGAAGGAAGACUUCUCACUUCUGAACCAAAUGAGCACAUUUUCCCUAGUGCCAUGUUGGAAGGACAGGACCAACUUCAACUUCCCAAAGGAAGCCAUGGAGGGCAGCCAGCUCCAGAGGGAAAAUGCCACAUUCAUCAUUCAUGAGAUGCUCCAGCAUAUUUUAACCAUCUUCACCCUGAAUGCCUUUCCUGCCACUUGGAAUCAGACCCAGCUCAAGCACUUACUCAAUGGACUGCAUCAGCAGUUGGAACAGCUGGAGAGGUGUGUUGGGCAGGAUAUGGAGAUGGAAGAGUCUUCCUUUGGAAAUGAGAGUCCCAGGCUAAUCCUGAAUAGCUACGUGCAAGGGAUAAGCCAAUACUUGCAAGGUAAAGAGUACAACCACUGUGCCUGGGAGAUUGUGAAAGUUGAGAUUACAAAGAUCUUUCUGUUCAUGAACAAAUUCGCAAGAAAACUCAAGGGUUGA